AUGACAUAUCCAAAGCCCCCGGGCCAAGAACGACCAUAUCCAAAGCCAACCAGAACGGGGAAAAUUCCAUUCAAAAUCCCUAACCAUGACAUUCAGGGUGAGACCGCCUACGAGAUAUACGGCGAUCUCAAAUCCGGCAAAACUCCCCUCAUCACCUUACACGGAGGACCGGGCUUCCAACACAGUUACCUACUCCCAAUGUCACUCUUGCUAAUCGACUAUGGUAUUCCCGUCAUUAUGUACGACCAAAUCGGUUGCGGAGAAAGUACCAGAUAUCCAGAUCGCAUGGGUGAUACCGCUUUUUGGAACCCAGAACUUUUCAUAGCUGAGCUGGGCAACCUCAAAGAAGCACUGGGAAUCGAGGCCUUUGAUCUUCUCGGCCAGAGUUGGGGCGGCAUGCUCGCGGCGCAAUACGUUACGACAGUCCAGCCGAAAGGGCUACGGAAGCUGAUCAUCUCUGACAGCUUAGCUGCCAUGAGAUUGUGGCAGAAUUCGGCGAACAAGCUGCGUAAAUCCUUACCUGCCGAGAUCCAGGAGACGAUGGCCAGAUGUGAGAAAGAGGGCAAGAUGGAAAGUCCCGAGUACGAAGCGGCUUGCAAUGAAUUCAACAAACGGUACUCCUGUCGUUUAGAUCCUAUCCCCGCAGAACUUGCUGGGCCGAUAGAGGCCUUGACAACAGACGCAACCGUUGCGAUGACCAUGUUUGGUCCAAGCGAUUUCAUUGUCACUGGAUCGCUCAAGGACUGGAGCAUCGAAGAGGAUUUGAAGAAGUUGACCCCAGAAGUGGUCCCGGGUGGAAUGCUGUUGAUGAAUGGGUAUUUUGAUGUAGCUCAGGAUGAAGUCAUGUUCCCUUUCUUCAAGGAACCAUCAACUAAGGUCAAAUGGGUACGCUUUGGGCUAAGUUCACAUUGUCCGCAGUUGGAAGAGACGGAGAAGUAUGUCAAGGCUCUUGGUGACUUUUUGGAAAGUUGA